CGGUGUCGCUCCGAGUCGCACUCCGGCGGCGGCCAACAGCGGUUACCCAGAGUGCAGCGCGGUUUCCGGUUGGGCGACGUGUCGCGGAGAAGAGAACUUCACAGCGAGAGACGCGGAGACGGAGACACAGCGGAACAUGGAGCUCGAGGCUAUGACCAGAUACACCAGCCCCGUCAAUCCCGCCGUCUUCCCACAUCUGACGGUGGUUCUGCUUGCCAUCGGGAUGUUCUUCACGGCCUGGUUCUUUGUAUAUGAAGUGACCUCCACCAAGUACACACGGGAUAUCUACAAGGAGCUCCUGAUUUCACUGGUCGCCUCUCUGUUCAUGGGUUUCGGAGUCCUUUUCCUUCUCCUAUGGGUGGGCAUCUACGUAUGACAGCAGUUGGGGUGUGUGGAGAGGGACACUAGGGACCAGGCCUGCAGACACUAUCCGCUCAGACCCCUGGCACAGACACUAUCGGCUCAGACCCCCAGCUGAGGCUGAUGCUGUCUGUGGAGCCACCUGGGGUCUGGUCGGUUCUCACAGCCCUGGCGGCUGUUCUUCAGGAAGCAUCGAGCAGCAACCAGAUGUUUACUAAAGCAAAGUGACCGAGGGGGACUGUACAAACAAUAAAAUCCUUGUUAUAAA